AUGCUUGCCACGAGGAAUUACGUACUCAAUACCACAGCAAGGAGAGUAUUUUCGAAAACAGCUCCCAAAUUGAACCUUUCGUUGAAGAUCAAACUAACUCCAAAUGAAAAGUCCCAAAUCGACCUGAAAAGCACCAACACAACCGCUAAUGCACCUUCUCAAAUCAAAAAAGUAGACUCCAGAUUGGUGAAAAAAUUCCAAAGUGGAACGACUUACGAUCCAUUCGAUUUCUCGCUAGCCAGACUCCACCUCGACAAGAAGUUCGCCUCGAAAAAUUCGUUUAACGAUCUCUUCGAUAAAAACGGUGUAGACCCUAUGGAUUUGUAUACAAAUCCCGAGUUCUUAUCACAGUUUGUCUCUUCGUCCGGCAAAAUUCUACAUCGGGAUGUCACUGGUCUUUCUGCGAUAAAUCAGCGUCGUCUGAGCAAAGCCAUAAGAAGAUGUCAAGCCAUAGGCCUCAUGUCCAAAACUCACAAGGACGUUUCAUUCCUGCCGUCAAGAAUCAUGGGGAAAAUAUGA